AAACCGGAGUCCAGCCGCAGAUUGCGAGGACCGGAGCCGUGAACUCUCUCAAACCGACAGGGUUCUAUCAUGGACACCACGGUAACUUCGUUAAAAACGGCUGUCGGUGUGGUUUAACGCGAAGUGCUCUGUAGAUGAGUCGGUAAGAAUGUUCCGUGUGUUCUCGCUGGCGGCGGCGGAGCGCGGGAGACAGAAGCGGCGGCUCGAGCUCAGUCUGGCGGGGAUCUGUGAGCUCGAGCUGCUCAAGCGGCGGCACGAGGCGCUGGUCGCCGGUGCGCUCGCGCUGCACUCUCCCGAACCCGAACCGGAACCCGAACCCGAGCCGAAGAAAGCCGAGCGGACGAGCGCCGAUCCGACCCCGCCGGACGGCUCGUGGAGUCUGAUGAACAUCUUGCAGCAUCAGGUGGGAGAGCUAAAGGUGGACACAGACAGCAGCUCAGUGGAGCCCCCUACUGACGUUUCAGGUUUCCCUGAGCAGGCUGAGGGUCUGUCUCCUGUCGGCCCGUCCGACUCUUCUGGUCUCGGUGAGAUCUGCCCCGUCCGGCUUUCUGAGAGACCUAAGUCUGUUGGUGACGUAUUCGUCAGCCGUGAGCUGAACGCUCGCGCCGCAGUUCCCCGCUCUUUCUCUGCACCCUAUCCGCCUCUAGAGGGCAUCACUGAAGACGAGCCGUGGAUCUGGCAUCCCAGUGAGGAAGAACACGGCGCAGAUGACUACAGACAGACGCAGCAUGCUGAAACGUACAUCCUCGGCCUGAUCCAGCGCCGCUCGCCUCCCGCUCGACCCACCAAACCCCGCACCAGCCUGGGACCCGAGGCCCGAGCCGUGGUCCGACAGAGCAGCCUGUGCCGCAAGGAUCCGCCGUACAUCCCCGAGGAGAGACAUGCAUGCUAUCCCCGACUCGCCGGGAUCCGCUGCGGUGCUCUGGAUCCCAGCAUCAGCGAAGCCGAAUCCUAUCAGAACACUCGCUCGGCAUCGUCCGAUGAGCUUGUGAACGCGCAAUACAUCCCAGCGCAGCCACGCCACGCCCAAACCGCUGCGCACCGAACGCACGCCGCACCCAAACCCACCACCUCACAGCUCAGAGCCGCGGCGAAGAAGUGCCGCUUCACAGAGGACAAGAUUGCGCAGAAGAAACCCGGACGAAAAGCAUGUCGCGCUCAAUCCGAGAACAGCCUGCUUGGGCAAAGAGAGCGCAAAUAUAACACUAUGGAGCGCGACGCUCAAGCCAAAACACGCCGCGGCUCCGGUCACCGCCGCUGGCGCUCCACCCUAGAACUGAGUCAGGACGAAGCCGAGAUGCCUUCUGAGCAGCCAAUCAGACGCUCGCGCAAACCUCGCGUCUACGCCCAACCGCACCAUCAUCAUCAUCAGUUCCCACCAGAUGGCUACACGCUCCGAGAGUCAGAGUCCAGUCUGAGCGAGGCCGAGUCGCCCGGCUCCAGCUCGCUCUCCAGCGACUCCGACGAGAGCGGCGGAUUGGUCUGGCCGCAGCAGCUCCGCCCACAGCUGGCUCCGCCCUCUCCAUCACACCCACCGCAGCCCAAAGCCUUCGUGAAGAUCAAGGCGUCGCAUGCGCUCAAGAAGAAGAUCCUGAGAUUCAGGAGCGGAUCACUCAAAGUCAUGACCACUGUUUGAGCGACAAACACCGGCCUAAUCAGGGUGACCCUUCGCAGGGAGUUUGAUUGACAGGUGACCUGACCAAUCAUAACACCGGAUCUGCUUUUGUCUGACAAACAAACCAGACAGGACAGUAUAUUGACAUUGGUGGACUUGAACGUGAAAAACACAGUUACACCGUUAAAACAUGAUACCUUCUGAUGUUCAUUCAUGUUUAUUUCAUGCUUUAACUAGUUAAGAAGAAGACACGAUCAUGGAUGUCAUGGUUGCAAAAAGGUGUUAAAUUUGGAAAACAUUCCAGGCAUUUUAGAAAACUUCUAGGAUUUUUCUUUGAAUCUUCCGUGGAUUUUUGGAAAGUUUACGGAACUUUACCGGAAAUGUUCCACCCCAGUUCACGUGCAGCUUGACCUGAGGCGUUACAGUGAUUUGUCACGUAGACACUGCAAUUUUUUAGGAGUGACAGCUGCAUUUAAAUGCGGGAAUGAGUCCCGUAAAUGAUAGUUCCAUGUGUGUACGGAACAGCAGUCACUCCCGCAUUUGUAACCAUAGCAACAUUUUGUCGUCUUGCGGGAGUGAAUAAGAAUUUAGCUGUUUGGUAUCUGCCAUUUUUUGGCUAAAGACUCUUUUUUUUCCAUCGAUUUCUACUAAACUACCACUGAUCGACGUGCUGUGUUUUGUUUAUGCUCGGGAGGCUGCUUUAGAGAGCGCUGUCUUGCAGUGUUGCCAUACCCUCAUAUUUACAAGCACAUUCAAGCAUGUUGUUUGGUCUUAGCUCAUAAAGCUAGGCACUUUAUGGAGUUAAUAAAGUGAUCUGUUGCGGAUGUAGAUAUUAAUUUUUUUGGUGUUAUAAAACAUAAAACAUUUGAGGUUUUUUUUGGGCUUAUCCUUGUUUGUUGAUUUUUUAUUUUUUUUUUUAUUUUUUUUUUCUAAGAAGAUCUGGCAACACUAACACUUUGCUGCAAUUUUAGCUAGAGUUUGUAUGUGGCAUAUUAAAGACCCCCAAUAUGCUAUUUAUUGUUUGAAUAACUUAAAAAAAAAAAUGACCUUGUUUCAUACCAGAAGCAACCUGCUCUGUCUCAUCUGUCAGCACGUUGUCAGUUUCUGCUUUGCUCUGCGAAGUAUUUUUCACUGCGUGAGAACAUGAGCGGCAUGGCUUGUCAGACAUUGCAACAGUAACUAAGGGGGCCAGAUCUUGGGAAGGGUCAGUUGUAAUAUGGAUUUGAAUUUGAAAUUAAGGAAUUUCAG